GAAAAUCUUUUGCCUUUUACUGAAUAUUUCCUUGCAAAGGAGCAUACAUUGAGUAUUAUAUACAAUUUUUGGAGUCCCCUUGAGAAAGCGG